GAGCUGCUGCUACCAGGAGCUGACUGGCCCAUCAGGGGCUGGCGAGAAGGGGGUCAGCGGCCCUACCGGAGAGGCUUACGUGAAGGGCGAGUUUCCCUGGGGUUGGCAUGAGCUGACUGUUGGCCCCCUGUCGCCAAGGCCAUGCCCCCCCGGCGGCUCCCGGAGCUUUACCGGGCUCCCUUCCCCCUCUAUGCCCUGCGCGUGCACCGCGAGGCUGGUCUGGCUCUGAUCGCGGGGGGCGGCGGCGCUGCCAAGACGGGCAUCAAGAAUGGCCUGCACUUCUUGCAACUGGACUGGAGAGGAGGUGAACUGUCUGCAUCACUGUUGCAUGCUCAUGACACAGAGACACGUGCCACCAUGACCAUGGCAUUGGCAGGGGACAUCAUUGCUGCGGGGCAAGAUGACACCUGCCACAUCCUGAACUUCCACCUGCAAAAACCCAGUCAGAAAGGGGGUACUGGUGAUUGUGCCCCCAAUAAAGCAAGUGGCGAUGAGAAGGGUCCCCGGAGGCGCAAGGCAGCCCCACCAAGUGGGCCUGAUAGCAAUGGUGACACUCAUAAGGAGACGAAUGAAGUGACUGUGGAAACCCUGCACUGUGUCCAGACAGAUACCAGCCCUGAUGCACUGCAGAAGGCUGUGUGUUUUAGUGAAGACCACACCCUCCUGGCCACUGGUGGUGUGGAUGGAUUUCUCCGGGUCUGGGAGUUUCCCAGCAUGAAGAAAACUCUCGAGUUCCAGGCCCAUAAAGGAGAGAUAGAGGACAUAGCACUGAGUCCAGAUAAUAAGGUUGUGACAGUGGGACGAGACUUCCAGUGCUGUGUAUGGCAGCGGGACCAGAUGGUGACAGGGCUGCAUUGGAAUGAGAACCUUUCAGGCAUCCCGGAUAAAGCCUACCGCUACCAGGCUUGCAGGUUUGGGACGGUGGAAGACCAAGCCAAGGCGCUUCGGCUGUACACUGUGCAGAUCCCAUACAAGCGGGAGCGACGGCCACCCCCAUGCUACAUUACCAAGUGGGAUGGGCACAGCUUUCUGCCCCUGCUCACGCGGCCUUGUGGCAACGAGGUCAUCUCCUGCCUCUCUGUCAGUGACACUGGCACGUUCCUGGGUCUGGGAACUGUGACGGGCUCCGUUGCCAUCUUUGUUGCCUUCUCCUUGCAGAGGUUGUACUAUGUGCGAGAAGCACAUGGCAUUGUGGUCACUGCAGUGGCCUUCCUACCUGAGACCCCCGAGCUGCUGAAGGACAACGAGGCAGCCCUGCUGAGCGUGGCCGUGGACAGCCGCUGCCAUCUGCACCGGAUCCCCUGCCGGCGGAGUUUCCCAGUGUGGCUGAUGCUGCUCUUGUGUGCUGGACUGGUUGUAGGCACAGUCCUGCUGCUACAGCUGGCCUUCCCAGGUUUCCUCUAGCCUCCCUUGUUCCUGAUCGAGUGCUGGGAAAGCUUGGACCUUGCUCUAGCCUUGGGGCUGUGUUGACCCUAUUCCUGGGCUUGCAGACUGGAGAGCGGUUCAGAAAGCCAGGCAAGGGUCACUCUGCUUGAACAUAUGCUUGUCUGAGCUGUUUGCCCUGAGAAGACGGCCAGGGCCUCCCUUGGAUCAAGUCUUGGGCAUGAAACUUUGGUCCUCCUAUUAUCGCCUGGGGAAUGCCCCCACCUCCACUUUUUGACUGUUCAGUUGAAACAUUCCAGCCUUGACUGCUCUGAGCGGGCAAGUCCCGUUCCAUUCCCCAGACAAAGUCUUGCAGCUACAAUUAAAUAGAAUGAUGGAGCCAGAUCUCUCCCUGCUUUACCUGGUUGUCUGUCACCUCUCCCUU